GUGCGGGUCACGCAACGCCCUCGCCCCCGCGAGAACUUCAUGCGCUCGUGCGCAAUUUAUAAAGACGCGGACGGUAGCGCCAGCCGUGCUUGCCCGCUUUGACUCCAACCCCGCACCAACAGCCUUAUUUCCUUCAUUUUCCCUCAUUUUGCUCGUCAUCGCUUUGAAGGAACCAUGGGGCAGUAUGAUACAUCCGUCGGCUUGAUGCUGAUAGGCGUCUUUUUCAACACGUACUUGUACGGGCUGGUCACGUACCAGUUCUUGUGCUACUGGCGUGCUUACUACAGUGAUCGGCUGGCUUUGAGGGCUAUGAUCAUGUUCCUUUUCGCACUGGAUACUUUUCAUGCGGCGACAGUCAUCUGGAUGUCGUGGUUUUACUUGGUACAGAACUUCGCGAACCCCGUUGCAUUGGGCGAGGCGCUCUGGCCGUAUACGUUCACCCCGAUUGCUACAGCAUUUGCUGCCGUCGUCACCCAAGUUUACCUUGCCUGGCGCAUCUGGAAGCUCUCAGAGAGCAACGUGCUGUUCGGAAUCAGUCUCCUCCUUGUUGCUCCAUCGUUUAUUCUGGGUUGCAUGUGCGGCAUCCGCGCCUGGAUGAUCCAUAUCAUGGCGCAGCUUGCAGCCAUCGACAACAUUGUCACCGGAUGGCUCAUCACGCAGGUGAUGGCUGAUAUAUUCAUUACCGGGACACUCGCCGCCAUCCUGGCGCGUUCAAAGACGGGCUUCAAGCGAACUGACAGCGUACUCAACCGGCUCAUCCGCGGCGCUAUCCAAACGGGUCUUUUUGCCAGUAUCUUUUCCAUCGGUUGCCUCGUCAGCUUCCUGGCGUGGCCAACGACACAGCUGUAUGGCAUGUUCGCUAUCCCUGUCGGGAGAAUCUAUACAAACACGUUACUGGACACACUUCUGUCCCGCAAAGAGCUGCGCAAAGAGAUGUUCGGCAACAUGGACACCAUAGCCACGACUAACGCUGAAGGACCUAGGACCCAGAGCGCCUUCGCAUUCGCACACACUGAGGACACAGCGACCGGCAUGUCGGUCCCUGUCCCGUUGUCGGAGCUGCGGAAGAUGCAGCAGGAGAUGGAUAGCCAGAACUCGGACGACCGUGAGGGGUCCAUAUCGGUGGAUGGGCACGGCUCCCGGCGUGAUGAGCGCAACGACAUGCCGCUGGACGGGAAGCGGGAAACCUUGACCGUCUGAAGAGUCAAGUCCACGUAUUUGGUUUCAGCGCUCGGGCGUGAAAGCCUAGCAAGAAGAUGCGUUAGCCGAAGGAUGGGUACUUGACGUGUUGAGACAG